AACCCUGCACCUGAGAUGUUAUCCAUAAUUUGCAGCACUCAUGUCACUUGGUGCACCAGCUGGUAAUUGGGAGGUUUUCUGUGCAUUGGCAGACCUUGGGAUAGAUGCAGCGGGCAACCCACAAAUUUAACAGUGUUGAACUACAAACCAAUAUUUCAACUUCCCUGCAGUAGCCAGCGGAAUUAGCACUAAACUCUGAACAGUGCAAGGCACUCUGCACGCACAGAUACUCUGUACACCUGAGGAAACUAUCAACAUUGCAGAAAUUGCCUAAACCAUCGCUAUCUGAACUCCCUACACAAUAUCAGUCCAAUACCAUGAGUCAGAAUUUCUGGAAAUUAUAUAGAUCAAAAGUUUUGCAGACGUUCAAUGCAGAACAAGAAGAAGAACCCAAGGAAGAGAGCGAUACUGUGGAAAUGAUAGAGCAAGAAAAUCCUGAAGUGGAGACCGAAGGGUUAAAUAUGUCCCAGCUCGCCCGAAAGGUUCAAGGUGCACUUGGUUGGAGAAGUGUUGCUUCCCUUUUCACUAAAGAAGAAGAACAGCAACCAGAGCAAGUAGAAGAACAAUCUCCCGAUGAGCCCAAAGAAAACCCACCUCAAAAGCGUUCCUCAGCACUAUGGGAUGUGUUUGCUAAUAAGUGGCAGCAGAGCUCUGCUGAACGAUCAGAGGCAAGGGGUGUCCUGGCAGAACCUCCGGAAGAACCCAAUGAAGUCCAGCAGCCAGAAGAAACACCCUUUAGGUGGGGGUUUCUUACCAGCAAAAUUGCUGAGUUAAGGAGCAAGAACACUUAAAAGCCCUAGCCCUGAAAAGCCUCAUCACUAUGAACUCCUGAGGAGUUAUGUCACUUGAGCCAUUCCCUCAAGCUGCUGUGUCAACAAAUUAUGCCUUGGAGAGUUUUAUCAGCUUGGUCUUCCUCCAAAAGGCUGUACAACUUAAGAUACCCAGCAAAUGGCUAUGCAACUUGAUUCCUCACUUAACAAAAACACUUCUGACUCACAUAUAAAUGUAUUCUGUUCUGCAAAGUCAUAACCUGUCCUCAGUAAAAUCUGGUACUUAUUUUGUUUGAGAUACAUGAGCAGGACACACAUUAUCUUAUUUUCUGAUGUGUAUUGCUUUGUUGUGCAUUCCAGGCUCUGAAGUAAAAUUCUAUUCCC